CGUUAAAUUUGGUCGACGUAGGUUUCUCAUACCGUGUUUAUAAAUUGCGAAGUAAUUUAUUUACAAAUUUGAUAUUUUUUCAAGAUGUCCAAAAGAAAACCGCUAUCAGCAGAUGAGAAGAAAGUCAAACUAUUGGAAUUAUUUCACGAAACUAAUGACGUAUAUCAACUUAAGGAUUUAGAAAGACUGGCUCCUCAAGAAAAAGGUAUUGUGAUGCAAUCGGUCAAAACAACUUUACAGGAAUUAGUGGACAAUGGUCAAGUACAAAGUGAAAAAAUAUCAGGCAGUUUGUACUACUGGUCAUUUCCCAGUGAAAAUCUACAGAAAUUGCAAACACAGCUAAAUGAAGUAGAAUCAAAAACAUCGAAAAUACAACAGCGCAUAGAAGCGGCUCAGUCCCAAUUGACGACAGCUGAGGAUGCUUUGGAGGAUAUCGCAGCUGUUGAAGUUAUCACCAGAGAAAUUGCGGUAUUAAAUGAAGAAAAACAAACUUUGGAAAAACAAGUUAAACAAUUUCAACACGAGGUAGACUAUGAUGAAUUAAAGACAAAAGAAACUGACUCCAAAAAAUUACUGGAAGCCGCCAAUCGUUGGACUGACAACAUCUUCAUGACAAAAACAUGGUGCAAACGUAAAUUCGACAAACAAGAUAGAGAAUUGAACAAGGCGUUUGGUAUACCUGAAGAAUUGGAUUAUGUUGAUGUCUGAGGGGAACAAUUUACUUACUUACCAUUCAACAAGCACUCCUUUCAUAACAUUCACCAUGUUUUAGUUGUUAUAUAUACAUUUAAGGUAAAUUUCAAACGGUUUUAAUUUUCUAAUUAAACUUUUGUGGAUUUUCUUUCGUUUUUUAUCGCACAAUAAACAACACAAAAUGCGACAAAUGUCAAACACA